CCAGCUCGAGUGUUGUGUUGUAUUCUAUUACGUCUUGGCUCCGUUGGAGGUGCGAAGGGCAGGCAAGGGAGGUAGUCAAGUCCUCCGCCGUCAACACCGCCCCCCCUCCCCCCUCCUCUCCCACCGCCGCUACCACCACCGCCGCCGCCGCCAUGGCUGCAGAAGGAGCUCUCAAGAAGCUCGAUGGCAUGGAGCUGCCGGCUGCAGCAGACAUGCAUGUGCACUUGCGUGAGGGCGAUAUGACCGAGUUGGUGGUACCCACGAUCCGCCAAGGCGGCGUCAACACUGUCUUCGUGAUGCCCAACUUGGUGCCUCCCAUCACGACAGUCCACCACGCUCUACAAUAUAAACGGCGCCUUCAAGAACUAGAGCCCAAUGUUCUCUUCCUCAUGUCGCUGUACCUGCAUCCUAACAUCAGGCCCGAGACGGUGAUUGAGGCCAAGAACAAGGGCAUCAUGGGCAUCAAGUCCUAUCCACACGGGGUCACCACCAACUCCAGUCAUGGUGUCAUGUCGUAUGAGGACUUCUACCCAGUCUUCGAAGAAAUGGAGCGUCAAGAUAUCGUGCUCAACCUCCACGGCGAGCUUCCGCCCUCAGCCGGUGCCGACAUCACCGUGUUGAAUGCCGAAGAGGCAUUCUUACCGACUUUGCUCGACCUGCACAAGCGAUUUCCCAACCUUCGAAUCAUCCUCGAGCACUGCACUACAGCCGCAGCAAUCAAAGCCGUCAACUCCUGUAGCGACAAGGUAGCAGGCACAAUCACCGCUCAUCACCUGUUCCUGACUGUAGACGACUGGGCUGGUGACCCGCAUUGCUUCUGCAAGCCAGUAGCCAAGAACCCUUCGGAUCGACGAGCACUCCUCGAAGCCGCUGUCAGUGGCAACUCCAAGUUCUUCCUCGGCACAGAUUCAGCACCCCACCCCGUCAAGUCUAAGCGUAAUGACAAAGUUGCCGCUGGAGUCUUCACACAACCUCACGCCGUCGGUCUCGUGAUUGAUGCCUUUGAGCGAGGAGUCGAGAAGAAGUACAUCACCGCCGACGACGUGACUCCGGAGAAACUAGAGGGCUUCCUCAGCUCAUUCGGCCGGCAAUUCUACAAAGUCAAAGACGAAAAGAACGAACGAAUCGUCCUAGGCAGAAAUUCACAAACUAUCGCUGAAAGCCUCAAGACUGCAGAUGGUUCCGUCGAAGUCAUACCUUUCCGCCGAGGCAAAAUGACUUGGAAAACUUCUUGGAAAUGAGUUCCAAUGUUCUGAUACCUGACCGGAUUUUUUUACCAUCUACUUUGACAGGUAUAUCAUAUCAUGUACGUGAGAUGUUUCAACAAUUUCAAUAAAGAUAAAGUUUCAUCAAAAAAAAUUGCGCUCUCGAUGGAGCCC